GCAGCUUGAGAGCAGAGCACAGGUGAACCUCAUGAGGCUUAACGAGAGCAGGUGCAGGGUUCUGCACGUGGGCUGGAGCAGCCCUCACUAUAAAGAGAGGCUGGGGGAGGAGGUGGCAGAACUCAGCUCUGAGGUGCAGGGUUUGGGUGUGCUGGUGGGUGAGAAGCUGGAUGGGAGCAGAGAGUUUUUGGUGGCAGCUCAGAAGGCAAAUGGCAGCCUGGGCUGCUUCAAAGGCAGUGUGAGGAGAGGACUUCUGCCACCUGAAUCUGCUGAGACCUCACCUGGAGGACUGCAUCCAGCUCUGGAGCCCUCGACACAGGAAGGACAUGGACCUGGUGGAGCAGUGCUUUUCUGUGGGGAACACACAGCCUGUUGCAACAGAUCUGAUCCUACACCUGAAAUGAAUAGGAAGAGUCUCCUUGCUGGCAGUUUGUGGAUCUAAUUCCAAGCUGGACAGACACUGACAGAGACCCGGACAGCCCAGCCUGAAGCCCAGGGAUGGAACUCGGCUCCACAGAAGCCAGCAGCAGCUCCCAGGCAGGCACCGGCUGGUUGGACCUUCCCCUCGUCACCUGCACUGAGACGGUGACUUGGACUGAAGUGGUGACAGAAGAGGACUGGGGAUCCUUUCACUAUUCUUUCAAGAGAGAGCAGCUGGUGACCCUUUGGAUUCUCUUCCUUGUCACCACUGCUGGCAAUGCCAUCGUGCUGCUCUCUGUCUGCAGGAGGAGGCGCAAGUCUCGGAUGACCUUCUUCGUCACGCAGCUGGCACUCACAGACUUGCUUACAGGACUCAUAAACAUCCUGACUGACCUGAUCUGGCGCUACACUGGGGAUUUCAUGGCUCCGGAUAUCGUUUGCAGAGUGGUUCGCUACUUCCAGGUGGUCCUCCUCUACGCCUCCACUUACGUUCUGGUGUCACUGAGCAUAGACCGGUACCACGCCAUAGUUUACCCGAUGAAGUUCUUGCAAGGAGAAAGACAGGCAAAAGUUCUCAUUGGGGUGGCCUGGAGCCUCUCUUUCCUCUUUUCCAUCCCGACCCUGAUUAUCUUUGGGAAGCGGCAGCUGUCCAACGGGGAAGUGCAGUGCUGGGCUCUCUGGCCCGACGACUCCUACUGGAUCCCCUACAUGACAGUGGUGGCUUUCCUGGUCUACUUCAUUCCUCUGCUCAUCAUCAGUGUCAUAUACUCCAUUGUGAUUAGAACCAUUUGGAUGAAGAGCAAAGCUCAGGCUGUCAUCCUGUCCAGCUGCCCUGGUGGCAAAACCUCUGCUGGCUACACCAGUCGUGGGUUCAUAUCCAGGGCAAAAGUGAAAGCCAUCAAGUACAGCAUUGUAAUCAUCCUUGCAUUUGUUCUCUGUUGGAGCCCUUACUUUCUUUUUGAUAUCCUGGACAACUUCAACAUACUGCCCGAGACCAAAGAGCGUUUCUAUGCCUCUGUGAUCAUUCAGAACCUGCCAGCUCUGAACAGUGCCAUCAACCCCCUCAUCUACUGCCUCUUCAGCAACCACCUCUGCCCCCCUUUCGAGGAAAGAAGAACACAAAGGCUGAGGGAGACUUUCCGGGACAAGAGCAACGGAGGGCAGGAGAUGCAGGUCCUGUCCAGACCAGAAUAGUUCUGGCACAGAUGAUGCUCCACAAAGCUCUGCUGGGACCUCUACUGAGGAAAGCAGAGACCCCUCACAAGCCUCACACAAUCAUGAGCAGAUGGACAGGGACUGCAAAGAGCUCUCACCUCCUCUUUUGGACUGGCACUGGGUGAGCUUCCAGGGGCAAGCUCAGCACGAGGGGUCUGCAUGCUGCUGUCCUGAGGGUGCCUCUUAGCCCUGUUUUCCAGCAAGCUGUAAUGAAGAUGUACUCUGAACAGCAAAGAACAACAGAAAGGUCUGCUCAGA